AUGCUGAGGUUCGCUCUGUCCUUGUCGUUAGUGUGCUGCAUUGCCACCAAAGUUUCUGCUUCGGCAACUUUCAAGACACUCUUUGGUCAAUCGGACUUCCACCACCUCGUGGAUCUUGACAGUGUUUUCUCCCCGCUAGAAUAUCUGGCAACAUUCGAUCUCGGCAACGACGGAACGUUCGAGCUUGUGUUCGACGUAAAAUUUUCAAUGGCCACACUUGAGGAUGGCGACGAUCGAGUCAUGCUGUACUUAGUGGUUUGUGACGAAUCAGCGAAGAGUUUUCUCAAUCUCCCGUCGGACUCCAAUACCAGCAAUAACGACACGUCCGCACCUUCUUACUGUGCCAUAGCGAACCGCACACUUGACUACUAUUGUCAGUCUUUCCCGUUGGAGAACGAGUCCCAUGAUAAACUCGUAUACAAAUCCACGAAAACAGUCACCGGAUCGAGCAAUGCUUCGUCUCAAUCAGAUUUUACAAGACUCACGGGCAGUGCUACAACUGAACUCACUUUCUACAUCGAUGCUUGCGAGCUUUUAGACGGACAAGAAGUUAUUCUCCGAUCGUGUCUCGAGUACCCCCCGCCAUUAGCGAACGGCCAUUACUCCACAUGCUACUACUGCCCGAAAAACUACCCUUACUGGUCAAAAGCUGACGAUGAGCGUUGGUCCAAGGAAUGCAUCAUCCCUCCUCCCAUUAGAGGACCUGUAAAAGGCACCAUAGGCUUGGAGUUAUGUAAGAAAGACGGCGGGUGCAUGCUGGAAAAAGACGUAACUCUAAUGGCUUUUUAUGCUGCAAGUACUGCGUUGUGGGGUGUAUGGGGCUGCGUCUGGAUGUACCACAUGUAUUUCGCUUCAACCGGAUGUGCUGUAGCCCUGCAGUACAAGUUACUGACGGUACCGAUAACCCAAGUGAUCUAUACUGGGCUCUCUGUUGCAGCUCAGUACACCGCUGGUCAAUUCACAAGUCCGAAUUUCAAUAUGGUGGCGAUUUCAGCGUUGCUAACUCAAGUUGUGGCGCUUGCAGUGACAGCAGAAGUCGCUUUGUUUAUUGCAGCUGGCUGGGGUAUCACUCGGGAAAGUGUGGAGAGGAUCGAUAUCUUUCGGAUUCGUUCUGUUUCGGUGGAGUGGGCACUUGCUUUUGUUAUUCUAAAGCAGCUAGAAGUCGACAAUAUUGGCAUUGCGAUCAUUUGGGGCAUCUCUUGGUUGUCGAUCAUGUUCUUGAUCCACCACUAUUCAGCAGCUAACUUGAAGAUGUUACGACUGAGAUACAGAAUUGGAGAGCAGCUCGGUAUUGACACGUCGCUUGUCAUGUGGAAAGGGACACUGUUUCUUAAUUAUCGACGACUUCAGAAGGGGUUUGUUUUCAUCGCCACGAUCACUGCACUUACUGGCUCGGACAAUCGCUGGCGCGUUUGGGAGUGGAUCUCUGUGCAAGGCCAUGAGGUCCUUGUCUUCCUUUUGUACUCUGUACUGGGCUACAUCUGUCGGUGUCAACAAUUUCGCUUUAGUGAGUUGGAAAAUCUAGAGUUUGAGGUGACUGCUGAAGGUAUUGAAACCACUACCGCACAAGAAAAUAGUUCCGUCGACUCGGUUAGCAAUGAAAGUGUCAUCCCAGUAAUUGUAGAAGCACCACGGAAGAAGACAACAGCUUUAAUACUAAACCCUGACAAAAGCGUGUUACUGGGGACAGCCUACGCGUUUGAAAAGCCAGUAGAAACUGACAUUUCAGCUCCAAAGGCAAGCGAAAUCCGAACAACGUGCGAAGCCGAUGUCUGUCCGAUCACAUCUUCAAAUGUACCACCGGAGUCGUCCUAG